AUGGCCUCUUCCCCGCAGAAGUCGCCCUCGGUCCCCAAGUCCCCCACCCCCAAGUCGCCCCCAUCCCGGAAGAAAGAUGACUCCUUCUUGGGGAAACUCGGAGGGACGCUGGCCCGGAGGAAGAAAGCCAAAGAGGUGUCCGAGCUUCAGGAGGAGGGCAUGAACGCCAUCAACCUGCCCCUCAGCCCCAUCCCCUUCGAGCUGGACCCGGAGGACACCAUGCUGGAGGAGAAUGAAGUGCGAACAAUGGUGGAUCCAAACUCACGCAGCGAUCCCAAACUCCAAGAGCUGAUGAAGGUAUUGAUUGACUGGAUUAAUGACGUGCUGGUUGGAGAAAGAAUCAUUGUGAAAGACCUGGCUGAAGAUUUAUAUGACGGGCAAGUCCUGCAGAAGCUGUUUGAGAAACUGGAGAGUGAGAAGCUGAACGUGGCUGAGGUCACCCAGUCAGAGAUUGCACAGAAGCAAAAGCUGCAGACUGUCCUGGAGAAGAUCAAUGAGACCCUGAAACUUCCUCCCAGAAGCAUCAAGUGGAAUGUGGACUCUGUUCAUGCCAAGAGUCUGGUAGCCAUCCUGCACCUGCUGGUUGCUCUGUCCCAGUAUUUCAGGGCUCCAAUCCGACUGCCAGACCAUGUUUCCAUCCAAGUGGUUGUGGUCCAGAAACGAGAAGGAAUCCUCCAGUCUCGGCAAAUCCAAGAGGAAAUAACUGGUAACACAGAGGCUCUCUCCGGAAGGCAUGAACGUGAUGCCUUCGACACCUUGUUCGACCAUGCACCAGACAAGCUCAACGUGGUGAAAAAGACUCUCAUCACUUUUGUGAACAAGCACCUGAAUAAACUGAACCUGGAGGUCACAGAACUGGAAACCCAGUUUGCAGAUGGGGUGUACCUGGUGCUACUCAUGGGGCUCCUGGAGGGCUACUUUGUGCCCCUGCACAGCUUCUUCUUGACCCCGGACAGCUUUGAACAGAAGGUCUUAAACGUCUCCUUUGCCUUUGAGCUCAUGCAAGAUGGAGGGCUGGAAAAGCCAAAACCUCGGCCAGAAGACAUCGUCAACUGUGACCUGAAAUCCACGCUGCGAGUGUUGUACAACCUCUUCACCAAGUACCGGAACGUGGACUGA